AUGUCUCUGCAUAUCCGGAAACAAAACCUCGAGAAGCGGUAUCGGCAUCUGUCAUUCUUGAUCAAGAAUGUGUUCGCCUCUCGCAAAACAAGAAAAGAACAGUCCGACAAUUGUCUGUUGCUGCACAUGCUUCCAACUGAUGUGCUUCUCCAGAUAGCAGAGUACUUACCUGCUUCCAGCAAAGUGUUACUAUCACAUACUUGUAUAGUGUUGAGAAAUGGUCUUGACCUUCCUACAUUCAAAGAGCUCCCUUUAGCCGAUCGAAUCAACUAUGCUGGUAUUCUUGCAAAGGAUCGACCUGAUGUAAGGGUCUGUUCAUCUUGUGGCUGCAUCCAUGCAGUCCGCAAGCACGAUUCACCAGCAGUCCCGCCUAGACCCAAGAUAAUGUUUACCAGCCAUAACGAAGACUGCAGGUUAGUUUACGGACACAAGUUUCCUAGGGAACGGCAUGUUCAGCUUGCGCUCAAGUACACUCGGCUUGGUACCGAAAAUCUGAAGCAUAAGGAGAUCCUGGAGGCUAUUUUACAACCUGUUGUGUACACAAGCCGCGAUGUCUACGGCCGCGAUCACUCUGUGAAGCGCUGGAAGUGGUGCAAGAUCAUCAACGGACGCUUCCUAAUCAUGACGAAGUGGACAAUUGGAAUAUACUGCUAUACAGGUCCCAGCAAUGAAUACGGUCUCUCACAGCUGCUGCGGCAGAACAAGUUCAGGUCCUGCAGCCCGCACAGCGAAUUCACUUUGACCGGUGCAAGGGCAUGCAAAAAGAAUUGCGAAGGCAAUCGUUGCGGCUGCGAGAUAAACCAGAUCAUAAUGGCACGCGACGCUGCGCACGCCAGCGUCGGCACGCCGGUGUAUGCAUGGGAUGUGUAUUCAGCUGCGGACUACGCGAUCUGCCUCACAAGGAACUCAGCCGAGACAUGCGUGUGGGAGGAUCUAGGCGGCGAGCUCCCGCACCUGGACGAAAUACAAGACACGAAAACGCCUGGGAGACAUGGCUACGAGCCUCACGGCGUGAGGGAGCUGUUUGAACGAGAUGGGAAGAAGUGGCUGGCGGAGGAGGAGUUUGAGCUUCGUCAGCUGGAUAAGUACCAUGGCAAGAUGUCCUGGACUCGGAACAGGAAUUUCUGGCGUUUGUGGAAAAAGUAG